AUGGCUGUGAUUGGGUUCCAAGUAGAAGGAAAACUCGCACCCGCUUAUCAGAACACUGAUGAAAUGCAAACUGUGAUAGGAAAUCCUGGUAAUCAUGGACCUUAUGCUGAUUUUGGCCAGAAGCUGUUGAGGUGUCUGUUAUCGAGAGAUGAACGUGUGGGUUACCCUAGACGUCAUUAUCAAUUCCAUACGGUAUCCCAUGUCAUUCAAGUAGUUUUGCCGGAUGAAUUAAGUUUUGGAAAGCACAGGACGAAUGAAAUAUUUGUGGAGAAAAUCGUUCGAAAUCAGGACAUGUUGUUGAAAAUGCCCCAUCAUGUGCGAAUUGAAAUCAUAGUGGCCUUGGAUGUUUACAAGAACUCGGUAUUUCUUGGAAAGGUGAAGAAAGCAAUCCGAUUUGUUCCGUUGUUAACUGCUCCACCUUUUUCGUGGAUCCCACACAGGUUCUACCCAUUCUGUUCCCUUCAGUUUACAUCGAUCCAACGUGACCGAUUCUUGAUCGAAUGUCGAUUGGACGCAGGUGGUCGCUAUAAUUCCAGGCUUCCUUCCUCAUUUGCGGCCUACAUUGUCAUUCUAGUCCUGAAGCUCAACUCUGGCAGAGUAUCUGAUUUUGCUUAUGAUGAUACCGAUUAUUUCACCCCUUAA